GCGAGCUCCAAACACUACAGACAGCGCCAAUGGGUUCAAUCUGAUUCCACUCUAGAGCAUCAAGAUACAGGAGAGAACAGGGAAGAGUCGGGACACUGGUUUUAAGGAGCUGGAGCACCAAGGAGGAAGGAUACUAAGGAUACUACAGAUUAUGUUGCCAUGGAAACCACAACCUGGAAGCGGACGCAAGGACCAGUGAAGGUGGACGGUCAUCCAUAAGCGCAUCCUCGAGACGCAUCUGUCAUACUCAACUGGGAGAAUGCUGUGGAGAAUCACUCUUCCUGUCCUGCUAGCGGGGGUCCUCUGCAUCUCCGCGGAGACCAGAAAGCCCCGCCCACAAGGCUCUAUUCCCUCCCCCUACAAGAGCAAAGGAAACCUGUCAUCAGAGCGCCAUCGCCUGCUGCAGAAGAAGCCUGAGGUGCUGUCCUCCAGCAGAGAGGCCCUGGUGGUGACUGAGAGGAGGUACCUGCGCAGGGACUGGUGUAAGACCCAGCCCCUGAGGCAGACCAUCAGUGAGGAGGGCUGUCUGAGCCGCACUGUGGUCAACCGCUUCUGCUACGGCCAGUGCAACUCCUUCUACAUUCCUCGCCACAUGGGCCCCAGCUCAGGCUCUGGGAGGAAACAGCACACCAAACUACAGGAGCCCUUCCAGUCCUGCUCCUUCUGUAGACCGCAGCGCAUCACACAGCUCACAGUGCAGCUGGACUGUCCCGGUCUACAGCCGCCUUUCAGACAUCGUAAGGUGCAGAGGGUCAAGCAGUGUCGCUGUAUGUCUGUGGAGGUGAGCGGCCAUGGUAAACUCUGAGAGACGCACUAUGACUGUGCAUCUGUGCAAUGGACACAAACUCGCCCAUAGACUCUUGGGUGAACUGUGCUGCACGCUGCCCCCUCAUCACAAACUGUUUAUGAAGAUGAGCUUCCGCACUUGUAAGCUAAAGCCAUAAUGGUUUUCAGAGGUUCAUUUGAACUUUAAAGUGUGACAUUAUUUACAGUUGUCAUGAGAUUAAAACAUGCAAAAACCCAAUGUCACCUUUGUUUUGAAGACUUUUGCCAUUGUUUUCGUUUGUUUACAUACUUUAAAUUUAUGCCAAUUCACAGCAAAUGAUGUUUUUGGAAUAAUAAAAUAAUAUCUUUAAUUAAUGUCGAAGUAAUAAAUCCUGUGCUGACAUUUGUCUGCUGCCUGCCGCUGGUGAUAAUGUAAAAAGCCUAUAAGGCAAUGUGUGGAGGAGGUGCAAUGGCAUAUAGUGUAUACAGUACAAAUAUUUGAUA